UCCUCCUCCGCCUUAAAGAUUUUGACCGUUGCUUUUUUUUCUCCAUCGUCUCUCUCUCAUCAAUCUCCAUUUUCUCCUUCUUCAGCUUAAGCUUCUUGCCUACCAUCACAGGUUCACAGUAGUUUUAUGAAUGUAGUGGUUGUGGCGGUGGUUGUGGCGGCGUUGGUGGUAAGGAAUUCACACUUUUCAGUAAGUUAUUUCAGUUUUGAGUUAAGCCUUAAGACAUCUUAAUAGGUUCAUAGAGAAAAAGAAUUGAUAUAUAGAGGUAUAUUUAUAUACGAGCGCAAUGGGAUGUGCAUCGUCGAAAUUAGAGAACGAAGAAGCGGUUAAGUUAUGUAAAGAUAGAAGAAAAUUUAUACAACUAGCAGUAGAACAAAGGAUUACGUUUGCAUCAGGUCAUAAUGCAUAUAUUCAGUCUUUGAAACGGGUGUCAGCUGCACUUAGGAAUUAUGUAGAAGGUGACGAGCCUCGUGAGCUUUUUAUUGAUUCGUUUACUACUCCGGUAAAGAAAAGUAGCAGCCCUGGUAUCAUCUCAAUGCCUUCAAAAUCUUAUUCAAGAGCCGAAAUUGGGUCGGAGACUAAUACGACGUUUAGAGUGAAUUACUUUAGAUCAGGUGGGAAUUCAGCAGUUUCUGUAGAGGAAAGACCUCAUUCACCUGAGACUGUGAGAAUUGAGUCUUUUCCACCGAUGAAUCAUUACGGAAUCGAUGGGUUCUUUUCUAUGCAAUCUCCUCCAGACAUGAAUGUGUCUUCAUAUUAUACUCCGUCUCCUAAUAGAAGGCCUAGUUUUCCUCCUCAAUCACCUCAGAAUUCACAAUGGGACUUUUUUUGGAACCCAUUUACAUCUUUAGAUACUUAUGGAUACCCAACUCGGGAGAGUUUAGACCAUUCUGCCAUGGAUGAUGAGAUUUCAGGUAUUAGACAAGUGCGAGAAGAAGAAGGUAUUCCGGAUUUAGAAGAAGAGGGAGCUGAAGAUGAAGGUGAAGAGUUUGAAAUUAGAGGCGAAAGAAUUAAGAUUGAUUUGAAUAAUGUUGAUGAGACAAUUGUCAUUGAAGAUUGUGACGAUGAUGAAUCUGACAGUGAAGCCGAUACUGAUAUAUGUUGUGACCAUGAAGAAGUAAAAGGACUAACAUCUCAGUUCACCAAGAGUGUUGGAGGAGAGGAGGCACAAAGUGCAGUAGGAGUUGCAAGUGGAAAUCAAGAUAAUAAUGCUGUGGGCAGUCGAGAAACGAAUGAAGAAACACCGGGUUAUACUGUUUAUGUAAAUAGAAGACCUCCUACUAGUAUGGCAGAGGUAAUCAAGGAUAUAGAAAGUCAAUUUAUGAUAGUCUGCAAUUCCAUGACUGAACUUUCGACCAUGUUGGAGGCUAGCAAAGUUCAGUACGCUUCAACAUCUAAUGAAGUGACAGCUAUGAAAAUGUUGAAUCCUGUAGCAUUGAUUCGUUCUGCUUCCUCAUCUCGUUCAUCGUCUUCUAGAUUCUUCCUUAGUUCUUCAAGUUCAAAGGAUGACGGUUGUGAUAGUAGUAGUGAAUUCUCAGAAGAGUCAUGUAUGAUAUCGGGGAGUCAUCAGUCAACGUUAGACAGAUUGUAUGCGUGGGAGAAGAAGCUUUACGGAGAAGUCAAGUCAGGAGAACGUAUAAGGAUAGCAUACGAGAAAAAAUGUAUGCAACUAAGGAGCCAAGAUGUGAAAGGAGAAGAUCCUAAUGUAUGUGAUAAAACAAGAGCAGCCAUUAGAGAUCUUCAUACCCAAAUCAAAGUUUCAAUACAUUCGGUUGAAGCAGUAGCAAAAAGGAUUGAAACUUUAAGGGAUGAAGAACUGCAACCACAACUUGUAGAAUUGGUACAAGGGUUAGCGAGGAUGUGGAAAGUAAUGGCUGCAUGUCACCAAGCACAAAAACGAACGCUUGAUGAAGCCAAGCUGUUAUUGGCCGGUUCGCCUUCAAAACUUACCUCACGUAAGCCAAGAGACAUAUUUAAUGAGCCACACCGACUCGCUCAAUCGGCUGUAAAUCUGGAGAUUGAACUCCUUAACUGGAAAACUAGCUUUGAGUCAUGGGUCACUGCUCAACGGUCCUACGUCAAUGCAUUAAAAGAUUGGCUACUGCGGUGUAUGCAGUGUGAUACUGAUACAUCAAAGUUACCAAUCUCUCCUCGUUGUUCAAGCGGGGCACCAGCAAUAUUCGGAAUCUGCAUUCAGUGGUCUAGAUUUCUAGAUGCUAUGCAGGAAGGCCCUGUGCAGGCUGUGAUAGGUGCGAAUCGCGGGAUAGACCUCUUUGCAGCAGGGAUGGGAUCAUUAUAUACACAGCAACUAAAGGAUGAUUCCAGACGGACUCCAGGUUCAGGAGGAUCAAAACGAUUUGUCGGUGUCGGGACUCCGGGAGGAUCAAGACGGUAUGCUGGUGUCGGGACUCCAGGAGGAUCUAAGCGAUAUGUCGGUAUCGGGACACCAGUAGGAUCAAAAAGAUUUGGUGGCGUUGGGUUCUUGCCCGACUCGUGUAGAGAUUUGGAGAUUAUGGAAGUAGGUGGAGAAGAAGAAGAAGAAGAAGUUUUUAUGACUGCAGAAAGAACAGCCGAGGUAGCCAUGAAUGUAUUGUGUGCUGGUAUGUCUGUUGCAAUUAGUUCUUUGUCAGAAUUUGCCAUUUGCUCGGCAGAUGGAUAUGCCGAGCUGGUUAACCAAUGGGAGAUUGUUGCAAGAACAACCCAACAAGGAGCGACAACAACCCAGCAAGGAACAAGAAGUAUUGGGGUGUAAUUCGGAUUAUCGGGGCUAAUAUUUUUUCUUCUUCUUUUAGCUGUUUAGUUAAACUUUCAAUUACUGUAAAUGUGAUUUAUAGUUAGAAUCAAAAUCAAGAUCAAUUUGACUGGCAAUUUCAGCCUA